CAAGAAAUACAGUGGUGGUCUGACGUGAGAGCGCUGGGCUAUGGGAGGCAAUGGAAGAAGAGGCUAGUCGCAUCCCGAUUUCACUCAUUUUGACAAUUUUACGAGGAAUCUAAAUGCAAAAAGACGAAAAGGAGUUGUGAGUCUCGAAUUUGACCGGACAAUGGAAGUAGCUCUCUGCAGCAGUUCCAACUCACCCCUGGGAGUCAACUACGGAGACACAGCGAGUACCUGCAGAAAAACAUCAGUCAGCAUCGCCGGGGUACCUACAACUACGUGUGGCUUGAAAGCAACACCUCUGUUUUUGGGAUGCAUAUAAGAGAAAGCGUGAAGAAAAAAACACUGACUACGUAUGUAUAUAUUUCGUGUAACCACUGUGGAAUUCCUCUACUGUUCUAGGCGUAAGGGAUAUACAACCACGAAGUUAAACAUCUCCUGAGAUUGAGACAUUCAUUGAGACGCAGAGCACAUACAUUGCCACAUUUAUCACUGAAGGAGGCAUGUUCAAAUUCACAAAUUCCCCUUGUAACAAAACCAUAAUUGCCGCUAUGGAUCGCAUACAAUAAACGUCGGAAAUAUCUGUGAUAUCGUAGCCUAACGUGCUGUACCCUCAAAGCAACAAUAACCUGGGCUGAGUGAAAUCCGCAAACCGCGUCUGCCGCUGUCCGUGGUCCUGAAAAAAAUACUAAUUAUUUGGGUUAUCCGAAUCAGUAACGGCGGUCUAAGGAAAACGGUUUCAUGGCCUGGGCGGUUAUGAAAAUAUUGUGGUUUUCUUGUGACUCUGGAAUCUGAAAAAAAAAAAGCAACAGAAGAAUUGCUCACAUUGGAGGUCCGAAAUCAUUCAAGGAAUUGGAAUUCUACUUCCUAUUGGUGCUCCUGGAGCUGUACGUAGCCCGAAUGAGACCGGCAAAAAUGUACCGAAUAAACGCUCUCGGGAUCUACUUGUGGGAAACAAUAGUAUUUUUCAGCUUUCUUUUUGGAGCUAUAAAUUGCUUGGCAGCCUCUAAAGAAGCCGCGGCUCGAAAAGCUGCCUCCCCAAUGCCCCCCUCGGAGUUCUUGGACAAACUCAUGGGCAAAGUUUCGGGUUACGAUGCAAGAAUCCGACCUAAUUUCAAAGUUGCAGGGGUCCCCCCAAGUGGAAGAGACCCACAAGGCCCCAAAACAGAAGCUUCUCACAAGAAAGGUCCCCCUGUAAACGUAACAUGCAACAUUUUUAUUAACAGUUUUGGGUCCAUUGCUGAAACAACAAUGGACUACAGAGUGAAUAUCUUCCUGAGGCAGCAGUGGAACGACCCCAGGCUGGCCUAUAGCGAAUACCCCGACGACUCUCUCGACCUGGACCCAUCUAUGUUGGACUCUAUCUGGAAACCUGAUUUGUUCUUCGCCAACGAAAAAGGCGCCAAUUUCCAUGAGGUUACGACUGACAACAAACUACUAAGGAUUUCAAAAAAUGGGAACGUAUUGUAUAGUAUCCGAAUAACGCUGGUCCUGGCCUGUCCAAUGGACUUGAAGAACUUCCCUAUGGACGUACAGACCUGUAUCAUGCAGCUGGAGAGUUUCGGCUAUACGAUGAACGAUCUCAUAUUUGAGUGGGACGAGAAGGGAGCCGUGCAGGUAGCAGAUGGGCUAACAUUACCUCAGUUUAUACUGAAAGAGGAAAAGGACCUGCGGUACUGCACCAAGCACUACAACACAGGAAAGUUCACUUGUAUCGAGGCUCGUUUUCAUCUGGAGAGGCAGAUGGGCUAUUACCUGAUUCAGAUGUACAUCCCCAGCCUUCUGAUUGUCAUUUUGUCCUGGGUGUCCUUCUGGAUCAACAUGGACGCUGCACCUGCCAGAGUGGGACUGGGCAUUACCACCGUGCUCACUAUGACCACCCAGAGCUCCGGCUCGCGAGCCUCCCUCCCCAAGGUGUCGUAUGUGAAAGCCAUUGACAUCUGGAUGGCCGUGUGCCUCCUGUUUGUCUUCUCGGCUCUGCUUGAGUACGCUGCUGUGAACUUCAUCGCUCGCCAACACAAGGAACUGCUACGCUUCCGGAGGAGGAGGCGGCACAUGAAGGAGGAUGAGGGCGGUGAGGGCCGGUUCAGCUUCACCGCCUAUGGCAUGGGCCCAGCCUGCCUUCAGGCCAAAGACGGCAUGGCCAUCAAAGGGAACAACAACAACGCCCCGACCGCCACUGCCGGCCCUCAGGAGAAAACGGUGGAAGAGAUGCGCAAGCUCUUCAUCGGCCGCGCGAAGAGGAUCGACACGGUCUCUCGCGUGGCUUUCCCGCUGGUCUUCCUCAUUUUUAAUAUUUUCUACUGGCUCGUAUACAAGAUCAUCCGAAGCACGGAUGUACACCAGAUGACGUAAGCAAGGGAAGAGAGAGAGUUCAAUACCACACCAUCCUGCUCCCAACCCCAAUACUCCUCGCUCUUCACUUGCUCACUUGCUUUUGGUGGCUAUCGCCUUGGCAAAGGUAAUUUAUCAAAGGUAAUUUAUCAAUAUUUGUUCUUUUCUUUUCUUUUCUUUCCCCCUCUUUUCUCCUGAAUAAUCCGGACCAGUGCAAUAGAAAUGCAGUAAAAUGCAUGAUAUAUGAAUGUGGCAAUAUAUUUACAAAACGAUGAAGAAGUAAAUAUUAAGACUUUUACCGAUACAUCCAAGAACUUCGGAAUUUAUGAUAACUGAGAAUUUAAAGAGAAAGAGUUCGUUUUUUUCGCAACUCGAAGAAGACAGAUACUGCAUUAUAAAGAAGAAGAAGUUGGGGAAACAUACAGCACUGUAAUAUAUUAUAUAUCUAUCAUACAUUUAAAAACUGUUAGGCAGCCGUCUGGAUGGAACACGAGGGAUGGAUUUUAAAAGGAUUCUAAGAUGAGUUAGUGCUUCCAUUAAUGCAGUGAUGCAAGGAUCAUGUGUCCUAUAUAUCUCAAUUUGAUUCAAAGUGUGUCGCAAGGACUUGUCAACACUCCCUGAGCCCUCAAUAGAAACAGAGAUGUGGUUGAUGCUGCUAUCAACUCUAUGAAGGAAACUUGAUGAGUGGGGGAGUGAAAAUAAUAUUAUAUUGUUUGUAACCGCUGUGGUCAACUGUUCCUCUAUCUGUCCUCUACUUUAUUUCUCAAUUGCAUAUCGUUUUUAAUUUACGUGUCAAGUGUACAUCAUGUUGCUGUAAUCAGCUCAAGCUCUUCUUGGGAACGCUAAAGUCUAAUUCUAAAGGGACAUUUGCCAUCAUUCACAUAUCAUCAUUGUUGCAUUAAUUUAUUUAUUUAUUAAUGUGCUAUUUUAAGGAUUUGGUACUUAAAUCAAAAUAUGAUUAAUUCAAAGUGAAUCUACACCGGAAAAAGCAUUUUUUAAAAUCCUGAUUCUUCCUAGUCAUUUCAUUGAAGCUGUACUGUUAACAUUGGUUUAGUUCUUUUCAUAGCUUAUUGCUUGUUGCCUAGUUACAGUAAAAUACCCAGCAGGCGAUGGAGAAAAAUGUAGUGAGUUAAGAUUUAACAAGGAAACACCUACUGUACCUUAACAAUUAUUACCAUGGAUACAUUUACACACAUUAAUAAUGUAGCUAUAAAAACAUGUAUUAUUAUAAUCGUUUACAAAAUAUGCCUAAAGAUAUUCACUCAAAAUCAUGGGAAAAAAAGUUUGAUACUUUAACAGCAAUGAUUAACACAAUGUUCUCAUUGGUGUAUCAUACAGUACAUUUUAUAGAUCACACUACCACAGUAGACUGUGCAACUGAUUCAUUCAUUAAUUUAUUGAACUAGCCAGGGGAUUGAUUUAAGAUACUGAAAUCCAUUACUUCUCACCAAGCUUUUCUAUGCAAUAAUUAAUAUAUGCAAUUAUUUUUUUUAUUAGCUUUACCAUUUACAAUACAUUAUCAUGAAUUGGUUUGAACUUGUGUGAUAUCAAGUUUAAUCUCAGACAUCACAAAUCACAGUGCUCAUAUUUCCAAUGGUGGACAGACAUACAUACAUACAUACAUACAGGAUACCUUCAUAUCUACAUCCACAAGCAUAAUAGAAUCUAUUCACCCUCCUCCUAGCCCCAUCAUUCAAAACACAUUUACAUUAAACUACAAGUGGGCCAAGCUACAGUGGCUUUUCAUAUUGCAUAUUUAAAGACAUUCUGCUCUCUGUGGCCCCAACCUCUGGCACAUUGUUUACCUAGCCUAAAGUGCUGUCACCAAGCCCCAGAAAUAAAGACUACACUACUGCUACCACAGGAAAUAUGGCCUGCGACACAUUGUCAUGGAUGGGCGACUCGGACACAGUGGAAAUAAACACUUGUCGAGUGAGUUUUUACAUUUAACUUCAUUGCCAAAUGUUAUUUUCCUCUACUUGGUUUAUAUUCCAAACCAAAUAAGUAUUUUGUUAACCUAUGAUCAUUGCCUUCCUGGUUCGGUGUUGAACAUGAUGACAUAAGGGGAAAGAUGCCAGAACACUUUUGCAACAGAUAUUAUGCACUGGUUCAGGAUAUUGUUUAGGUUUUGUUGUCGUAACUUAAAUCGAUGCAGUUCUAUCCAUUGACUUUCCAGUGUGUGGAUAAAGUGCUUCCAUUUCUUUUUGUGGUGAUAUGACGCUAUUCAAUUAACAAUAUAAUAUAUUUUGAUAUGAAACUUUUUCUGCUUCUUCAUCCCUGUUUUUUUUUUCUUCUUGAAAAGUGUACUCCAUUACUUUUUUAACAGGUCAUAGAUUUUCAAAUGUGUUAAUGAUAGUUUGAGGUAGUUUGAUGUUUGAGGCUUGAUGGACUUGCACAAGAGAGUACAACAAUAUUUUAAAUUUCGGUCAACUAUUUCUUAAAUUCAUAUUAUCUUCUGGUAAUUCAUAUUACCUUCCAGUUGAGGCAGUAUUUGUCAAAACAUAUUUAUGUGUUUUUUCAACAGAUGGUUAAUCUGAUUCGAAGGGCUAUGUUUUUGUAUUAGUGUUAUUUUAUCCCAACAAAUUAACUUUUCAACAUGGAGCAUACUUACAUAAUGUAUAAUGUUAUGCUUUUCCCAAAACUAUGCAUUUAUAAAAGUUAAUUGCUAAAAGGGGGUUAAAACGUAUUGGCCAUUUAAAAUAUCAGCAUGGUAAUCAAUAUGUUUUGAAAGUGUCAAAACAUUUGUUGAUACAUAUUUAUUUGUAGGCCACAAUUUUUCAGCACAGAUUUUUACCAUGAAUCUUUCCUCUGUUUUGACUUCCUCAGCCAAAAAUAUACAUUCAGUAAAAUGCUAUCCAGUGUUGAAUAUGCAACUAACUAAGAACUAAUCAUAUCAUGUACCUCCACUCAACCACCAUGAUAUUCACUCAUCCAUUCAAUAGUCAUGGAUUGAACUCUUAUGCCCUGACCAUGUGAAGGAUCACUGCACUUGGGAACAUGCUAUAUGGAUUUGUUGUAACCAAUUGAUUACUAAGGAGCAUUAUUACUAGUGUCCUGUCCAGGGGGUAUACUUGUACAUCAAGCUGCCUCACGCUACAGAAACAGGAGAUAGGCUCCAGGGUUGGGGUCAAUUCCAAUUUUAAUUGAAUUUUAAUUCAAUUCAGGAUUUGUCCUGGAAUUUGAAUUGAAUACAUGGAAAUUAAUAAGCAGAAGGAAUUGAAUUGGAAUUGAAUUGAUGGAAUUUACCCUGACCCUGAUAGGCUCCUGCCCUACGGGACAAGGGGCAGGGGCUCGGACAAGGCUUACUUUGUUUAUUAUGAUAUUGAGAUGGAAAUUACACUUACUGCUCUGAAUAGAGAACUUCAAGAAGGUCUAACGUAUUCUAGAACACUGACACAUUCUAGAACAAGAAUUGUAUGUUUAACUUAAUUGCUCAGCAGAUCAAUGUUCAAAGUGUGGAAGUGGUUGGGAUGUUCACUGAUGGGGGAAAUCUCCAUUGGACAGAUAGGACUUCCUACCCUUCAUAUCAAGCUGACCUAUCAUAAUGUCAAAUAUUAUUGACAAUGAAGGAAGUUCAUAUAAUAUUUGGCAUAUAGGACA